UAAAUAAUUAAAAUACUCACCAAAUUAUUGAAAUAUUGGGUGCAAUUUUGAUGAGCACAUGUGAAAAAAAUAGGGAGUAUUCUCUCUCUCUCUUCUUCUUCUUUUUCAACCUCCGACCUCCAGCCAAGCGUCUCACCACCGAAACUCCGGCGCCGCUUCCAGCUCCGUCGCCCGCUUCUCCGCCGACCUCCGACCUUCAGCCAACUCAUCGGUUACUUGCUUCGCUAUGAAUCCGGUUCCAUUCCAAUCCGCGGCACCACAGCUGUGGUUUCCGAUGUUACCGCCUAACCCGCCAAUGUCGCGAGCCUUUUGGGAGACUCAAAAUGUGAAGGAUCGGCUUAGAGAGCUACAAGAUACUCUUGAUCUUGCACAAGCAAUGGAGAAAGAGUUAGAGAUGUUGUCAAUGAUCAAAGAUGGUAAAGGGUGUAUGGAAGAUGAAGGCUAUUGGUCCAAUGGCAUUUCGGUUCAUGGGUUCAAAAAAAUUUUGGAAGAUAAGGGGGUUAGUAUGGAAUCCCAAGAGUCGUGUUCUGUGGUUGCGGCGAAUACAUUGAUGGCAAAAUUAAGAGCUCUGCUUGAACCAUUUAGGGUGAUCAUGGAUGAAAGGACUCCAUGGGAAGAAAGGUCUGCCGCUGUUAGAUUGUCAGAUAAAAUUGGGAAGUAUAAACGAAAUAAACUUUGGAGGAAAAGAAAGAGGAAGCGCAUUGCAGAAAUGCGCUCAAAGGAGCGUGAACUAUUUGAACAAGCCGAUCAAGAAGCUGAUGAAUGGAGGGCUAGGGAGAUUGCUAAUGAUAUUGCAAAGCGCAAGGUAGAGAAGAUGAAAGAAGUUGCAAAUAUUAAAGCAAGAGAGGAGAGAAAGAGACUAGAAUUGGAGCUUGAGCAGGUAUUAAUCGUGGAGAAAUUGCAAGAGUUGCGUUCCAUUAGGAUCCAAAAAUUGAAGAAACAAGGUCAUUUCCUUCCCGAGGAGGAUGACAAGUUUCUUGAGAGAGUUCAAGCCGCGGUUGAAGAAGAGGAGCGCCAGGCAAUUGCUGCAGCUGACACAGAUGCUGCUAGGGAUGCCAUUGCAACUGCUGAGGAAUCUAGGAAACCCCUCCAGAGUCACGGGCCUGACUCAAAAGUUCUAAGCAGUGAUAAAGGCGGUAGUAAGGAAAGUAUAGACCCAAUAUAUGAAACUGAAAAUUAUAAAGGCCCCACUACAGUCACUGCCAGUGAUGGUGGAAAACAAGGAUCAGAGGGACAAGGAUUUAGUGGAGCUUAUGAAUCUGUGGCAAAUCUACCGUUAGAGUUCUAUCAUUAUUAUCAUGGCAGCAAUACUGAUAUGGGCACGCUUAUUGAGGUGAGAAGAGCAUGGGAUACAUAUAUAAGACCAGGAGGAAGCCGCAUACCAGGGCAUUGGGUUCAACCAUCUCCUCCAGCUGAUGAGAUAUGGGCAUCCUACCUGGUGAGGCUUAAAUGAUGCCUUGACUGCAGAGUUUAUGGCUGUUUUUGCUGAAAAAAACAUGGUGAUAUGUUGCAAGUUUGAUUGCAUUUGGCAAACUCAUUUUCCUCAUCUGCAUUGUCAAAUACCAACAUGCAUAAAGCAGAAAGAUACAGGAGUUUGAAGUCAACUACAAGUGCACAUGUAGCUUAUUACAAAGACUGGUGCGAGCCUGAGAGUGUUAGAUACCUGGAGUGGACCAAAGUCUGAAGCUCUCAAUAUCCAGAAACAAGACGUCACCAAAAGACAUUCGCAGAGAGCAUAUACAGGAAGGCUUAUAUACGGCAUCAAGGAAUCCAUUACAGGAAGAGGAGGGUUUGCAUACUGUUGCCGCUUGCUUUUUGUUCAAAGUUAUGGACGAUCAUAUAUAUAAUGUGUGUCCAUUUUACCCAAAUAAAUAAGCAGGAUAUAUGUACUAGGGUUAUCAAGAAGAGGUUUUUUUUCUCUCUUUUCAUUGGGAGUAGGUGGGGUGGAUGGGGGUGGAAAUGAGGGUUAUUGCUUAUUAUGCAGAAGUGGGUCAUUCAAUGUAAUUUGAAAUUUAAAACGAAAUCCUUUUCAGUA